CGACAUUUAUUUGCAUUUUAUUAUAAAAAAAUACAGAAUCCAAAUGGGGGGCGAGAGAUCCGGUUACCAUCAGCACGACGUCGAGGACGAAAGCGGAAAUGUCGAAGGACGGAGCGAGGCGCGAGGGGACCAGCACGGGGGGACGGCGCCGAGGGCAGGGGGGGCUGCUCCAGGGGACCCCCAGCCCUCCCCCGCCGCCGGCCCCGCUGCCACCUCCGUCCUUCCACUCUCCCACAGUCGCUGUACACAAUAUAGAUAUUUAUAUAUAUAAUCUAUAUAUAUAUAAAACACAGACCGAAGGCCAGGCGGGUGCUGCCGGCUCUGCGUCAGAGCCCGGCGGGUGCCCCCCGCAUCCCCCCCCAUAAACACAAUGCUUUUGUCACCUUCGGGAACCACGACCUGGUCUGGACACACGGGACAGGGACAGGGACGGCAGGGAAUGCGAUUUUUUUUUUUUUUAAUUAUGUGGGGUUUGUUUUUUUUUUUUUUUGUAAUUUUCUUUUUUUUGUACUUUUUUUUUUCUUUUUUUUUUUCCCUUUUUUUAAAUGGUCAGGAUGAGCUUAUUGCAAGAUUCCAGCUUCCUAGUCUAAAAAAUAAAAAUAAAAUAAAAAUAAGAUAAACCCUUCCAUAAAAUCCAUUCUCAACAAUACAUAAAAAAAACCGCUCACAGUAUAGCGCUGUAUGUACAGGGACAGAGCCCCCCCGGCCCCCACUGCGGGAAGGGCUGGGAUCCACUCGGAAUGGGGGGGCUCCAGCCAGGUCUGAGCCCAUCUCUGGCAUCCCCCGGGACCACCGACCACCCCUGGCUUCUGCGGGAUGGGCACAGGACCUCCCCAAGGUGGGACAGCCCCAGAUUUAAGGCGAGGAGGGGUCAGACCCCGGGGCUGCGGGGUGACCCCUCCCUGGGGAUCUGCCACCCCUGGGGUCACGGCCAACCUCAGACUGGGGGUUUGAGGGGGGGGGUUUCACUUAUUAAUGCAAAGGAAAAGGGAAAAAUCCCCAAGCCCAGCCCUGGAAUGUCGCGGGACAAUGGGGGAGCACCAGGAAGGUCCUGCACGUGGUCUCCAGCCCCCCCCAUGGGGGCUCCUGUACCCCCAAGGCAUGAGGGGGACACGGAGCAGGGUAGAGGAGAAAAAUCCAUGGCACACAGUCCUCCCACCCCGGCACCGGAGCGAUGCCCUCGGCUGGGCGAGCCCGGCCUGCCGGCUCCCAGCGCCCGGCGGUGCUCCCCGUGCCAGCCGGCCAUUCCCGGCGUUCCCAGUGCCGGCCAUUUGCAGUGCCAGCCCUUCCCGGUGCUCCCAGUGCCAGCCAGCCCUUCCCGGUGUUCCCAGUGCCGGCCAUUUGCAGUGCCAGCCCUUCCCGGUGCUCCCAGUGCCAGCCAUUUGCAGUGCCAGCCCUUCCCGGUGCUCCCCGUGCCAGCCGUCUUCAGUGCCAGCCGUGCCCCGUGCUCUCCGUGCCGGUGCUCCCGGUGCUCCCGGUGCUCCCGGUGCUGGCCGUUCCUGCUGCUCCCCGGGCCAGGUGUCCCUGGCGCUCUCCUCGCUGCCAUCGCUGCUCUCCCAGCGCCGCCAUCCUCGGUGCUGCUGAGCUGGCCGCACGUCCCCAGUGCUCCUCAGUGUCCCCAGGCCAGCUGUCCCCGGCUGCGUCCAGCUUCCUUUGCUGCUCACGGAGCCACCCCGGGGUCCCGUGGGGACGCGGUGACAUCCGUGCCCGAGCGGAGGGGACGGGGUGAAGAACCCCCGGGGGCUCGGAGGGGGCUGUGUCCGUCCAGGCCCCCCGUGCCUGGGGCAGGGGGUGGCCGGGGGUGGCGGGUCCGGCUCCGUGACGUCCUGUGGCCGGGCUGGGAAGGAGUCCGUGCCCACGGAGCCGGGGGCAGCAUGGCUGUGUCCGGUGGUCCCGGUGUCACCGGUGGCUCUGCCCACGGCGGGGACAACGAGGGCUCAGCGGGGACUCGAGCCCGGCCCGUGCGGGUCAGUCUGGCACCAGGGGGACCCGACGGGAACAACUCAACGAAUAAAAAUAAAAAUAUUUUUCCUUUUAAAAAAACCAAACAAAACCAAAGCAAACAAACAAACAAACAAACAAAAAAAAAAAAACAAAGGAAAAAAAAAACCCCAAACGGACGAGGACUCUGUAUUUGGUCUAGAAAUGUAAAAAGCAACGCCCCACCGGGGCAGCCGGAGCUGCGGGGCGGGGAUGGAAAUUCGGGACCCGUUCCCCGGGACAGCCCGGCACCGCUCCCGGCGGGACGGCCGUGCCACGGCGGGGACUUCAGGCGGUGACGGGAUCCUCGCCGGCGGC